AUGAAAAGGGAGGCUUCGGUUGCUCCGCCGUUUCCCGAGAGUUGUCGGUUAAAAUUUGUGCCGUCGGGCUGCCCGAAUUCGGUCCCUGGGAAGGCCAGGGUUUUUUUUCCCUCGGUAAAAGGUUCUUUUGUUUUUGGUCUUCCUUGUUUUUGGUUUCACGGGGUUUCUGUUUUCGCUUGGAAAAGGAAGAAGGACUUCGUUACCGCGAAAGGGAUGGUCCGCUACGUUGUCAGGGGUCCCUUUGACAUAGAAUCCUGUCCCCGAAAUGUUGUGUGGGACAGGGAACUGGAAAUGGCAGCGGUUCGUGGACAGAAACCACUCCGUUAA